UAGUGUUGCGGACGAAACGCUGAUGUUGGUUAUCGUGCAAGCAAGACACAUUUUACACCUCUAGCUAGGUAGCUAGAUUGUUUAACAUCUUGGUUUUACUUGCUACGUUAUAUAUUAGACGAUUUGCGGACGAGUACAAUACAGUACAGUAGAUUAUAGAUAGCUACACAACCACUAGUUUGCCCUGCAAUCAACAUUAAUUCACUCAUUGCAAAUCCAAUAUGCCACAUAAGCGUCGUUCCCAGUCUUCUUGGACAGAGUUGAAAAAAACAGGCAACGAAUGCUUUAAAGCUGGACAGUAUGGGGAGGCUGUCUGUCUUUACAGCCAGGCGAUCAAAGAAGUGGAGAAAUCAGGAAAGAAGAAUCCAGAUGAUCUUAGUAUCCUGUAUUCUAACCGUGCAGCCAGUUAUCUGAAGGAUGGAAAUUGUGGGGAGUGUGUGAAGGACUGCACAGUAUCUCUUGACCUGGUUCCGUUUGCCAUCAAGCCUCUCCUUCGCCGGGGUGCAGCAUAUGAAGCACUUGAGAGAUACAGGUUAGCCUACGUGGACUACAAGACGGCCUUACAGAUAGACUGUAACAUACCUGCAGCCCAAGAUGGUACCAACAGAAUGACAAAGUGUCUGACAGAGGUGGAUGGACAAUCAUGGCGAGAGAAGCUCCCACCCAUUCCCACUGUUCCAAUGGCCGUCAAAGAAAAAUUGUCUCAGGCAACACGCCAACAAACGACGCACAAUGGCACCAGAGAAAAAGAUACAUCUGUCCCAGGAGAGGAUGUAAUUAAAAAAGCCCUAUGCCUGAAAGAGGAAGGCAAUGCACUGGUGAAAAAAACUGAGUACAAGAAAGCCAUAGAGAAAUACACUCAGAGCCUCAAACACAAUUCCUCAGAAAUCACAACGUACACAAAUAGGGCACUCUGCUACCUCUCUGUGAAGAUGUACAAGGAGGCAGUGCGAGAUUGUGAAGCGGCCCUGCAGCUCGACUCUGCUAAUAUCAAGGCACUGUACAGACGAGCUCAAGCACACAAGGAGCUGAAAGAUUACAAAGCUUGCGUUGAAGAUCUAAACAGCUUGCUGAAGAUUGAGCCAAAGAACACAGCCGCACAGAAUUUACUGCUGAACGUGCAAAAUAAAAAGGCCCCAAUACUGCACAAAGAGGAUGAGGAAGUGAUUUGCUGUUUGGGGUAAGUGUUUCUCAAAAACAAGCGAAAUCUGAAAAAAGGUGUCUGGACCCUUCUGUACAUGAAAUGUACACAACAAAUUGAGAUUUGGUUGUAAAAAAAUAAAUAAAAGUAUCCUUUAAACGCACUCAAGUUGGAGUAUUGCUGUGAGAGGAAGCACAGUUAAUGCAUUGCAUAUUUAGCCUUCAUAUACAUAAUGCAAUCACUGCAUGAAACUGGAAAUAUAGCAUUCAACAAUUGUUUAACAAGGACUAUUCAUUUGUACUGUAUUUCCACUAGUAUAAUAAGAGAUUGUUUGUUUAUCAAACAAUGUUUCAUUUAUGUUAGUCAUGUCAUGAUCAAUAAAAUAACUGUUGUAGUUAAAGGGAUAAUUCACCCACAUAACAAAAUUA